GCGGAAGUGGAUGAGGAGAAUUGUUGACGUGAAAGUGAUCGGUCUUUGAUAGCUGACACCUCAAAUAUAUUCUGUGUGCUGCGACAACAAAAGAAGCUGCUUCGUCAUUUUCCGAGUUUGUGACGUCACUGAGUUGCUCAGCAACUCACCGAGCCAACUAAAGACAGUCUUCAAUACCGCCGCAAGGUGGCAGCAGUGUGACGUCAUCAGUGCUUAAACUGCCGGAAACCAGUCGACGUCGAAGGAGGCGGAAGUUAAAGACAAAAACGCGAGAUAAAAAAUCACGAGGACUGUGAAGUUUAAUCGAGUGAAAAACAUCCAAAAUGUUGAAAGAGUUGGUGAAGGAGCGACUCAUGGCGGCGGCUGAUGAAAUAUUCGCGCUGUUUGAAAGAACCAUCGCGUCGUACGAGGAGGAACUUUCUAGAACACGAGAGGAGAAGGAGCGACAUCGACAACAACUGGAAGCUGUUUGCAAAAGUCAAAUUGUGUUACAUAUUGAAGAUGUCCAGCAGCUGAUUGGUCGUCGAGAAAAGCGUCCCCCUCAGCUUCUGUCCACUUUGAAGCAGGAGGAUCCAGAGCCCCCCUACAUUAAAGAGGAAGAGGAGGAACUCAGCAUCUCUCAGGAGGGAGAGUGUCGCCUCGGGCCGCGAGAGGCUGAUCUCACCAGGUUGCAACUAAGUGGUGUCUCUGUGAAGACUGAAGAGAAACCACCCGAGUCCUCACGGCACCUGCACAGUCCAAGUGAGGAGAACAGAGGGGCGGAGCCUCCGGGCUGCAGCUCAUCACAACACAUGGCAACAGAAGAUGGGGGAGACCAGUAUGGCGCUCCACUAUCAGAUAGUGACGACAUAACAUCAAACUCUUCUGAGGGGGAAGGCAGGGACGACGCACAAAUACCUUUGAAAAACAUUUCUCGCGAGAGAAAAAACACAGGAGGAAAACCGUUUAGUUGCUCUGUUCGCGGGAAAGGCUUUCCUGGAAAAGGUGAAAUGAUGUCGCACAUGAGAAAAAUCCAUGGAGGAAAAAGUUUCUCAGUUUGUGGUGAAAGAUUCCCUCACAGGGCAGAUCUGGUGUCACAUGUGGCGAUACACGAGGGCCAAACAUCUUACAAAUGCUCAGUCUGUGAUAAAAGCUUCCCCACGAUGUUCCAGAUUGGCACACACAUGAGAACACACACCGGAGAGAAAUAUGUUUGUCCAAUGUGUGGCAAAGUAUUCGCCAGUCCGUACUAUUUGAGUUCGCACAUGAAAACACACUCUGGAGAGAAACAUGUUUGUUCAGCUUGCGGCAAAGUGUUUGCUAAUCAGUACUGUCUCAAAACACACGAGAAAACACACUCCGGAGAGAAACAUUUUUGUUCGGUUUGUCAUAAAACGUUCGCGAGCAGAUACUAUUUGACGUCGCACAUGAGGACACACACUGGAGAGAAGCCUCGUUGUUCACUUUGCGGUAAAAUGUUUUCUAAUCAUUACUGUUUGAAUUCGCACAUUAGAAAGCACGGCAGGGGGAAACCCUUUUGUUGCUCUGUUUGCGCCGCACACUUUGCGGAUCAGUCCAGUUUGAUCGCACACAUGCAGACUCACGCUCAACAAAAAGCUUUCAGUUGUUCGCAUUGUGCUAAAAGUUUUACCCGAGAGCACCGUUUGAAAGUACACAUGCUCACUCACACUUGAGAGAGAAACCUUUCUGUCAGGUUCAAACACUGAUGACAUCUAUUAAACAGACAAAGAAGCAAGGAAUCAAACAGAGACAGAAUUAAAUUUGGCUCAAUUGAGGACAAACGUCUGGGCUGUACCCUUGUACAGUUUCCCACCACACUCUGACAAAAUAUUGUACGCCUCCUCUUUUAUUUGGACUUUCCCUGAUUACAUGACAACAGCUGUUUCUAAAGGGACGGGGGUCAUAAACAGCCG